AGCUCGGCGCGGUGCUGUUGGACUGUAGACUGUAAGCUAGGUGGCCGCACCAACACAUGUAUCGCACCGAGGCUGUGCCAGACGCACAUGGGCUCCGUCCUGCACUCUACCCGGGGAUCUUGAGCAGCCGCAGCCGAGCGAAGGGGGACCCUCAGCCCGCGGUCAGGAGCAUCGCUCACGCUCUGCCUGGACUCUUCCUCUGACACAGCACACACAGACAAACAAACAGCCACCAACACAUUUCAUCUCCUUUCCCCCCUUCCCCGAGAGGCUCGCGGAGAUCCAGCGUGUUAUGUAUUUGUAUCCUGUGUGAGCCUGCUGGCGGUCGGUCGCGGCGGACAAACUGCGUGUUAACGCGGGGAGCUCGGACUUGUUUUUUUGGGCUGGAGAAAAACACACCAAAACACACGCGAAAAGACUCCGCUCCUGUCGCCCUACCCCUUCUUCUUUUAUUUCCUGUCAGUUUUUUUUUCUUCUUUUUCUUCUUGCGAUUUCUUUCGUGCUGCCAAAGCAGGAACCCCGGGACUGAGCCCGUGCUCCGAGGAUGAACUAGAAUUGCGACCGAGGCUGCGAGCUUGUUUUACUGGAUUUAUUUCGCCGUGGAGGAAAAGAGAUCCGGGAGCGGAGCGGAGCGGUCCGUGAGAUUUUGCUAAAAUGCAUCAUCAACAGCGGAUGGCAGCUUUGGGGACAGACAAGGAACUGAGUGACUUACUGGAUUUCAGCGCGAUGCGAAACAGCGAUUUGAAAAUGUUCCCAACAUCCAUGAUGUUUUCCCCUCCUGUUAGCAGUGGAAAGAACGGGCCGACUUCCCUGGGGAGCGGACAUUUCUCCGGCUCAAAUAUGGAGGAGAGAACAAGUGCAGGGUCAUGGGCAAGUGGAAGUCGUUCUUCCAAGAGUUAUGCAGAUGGGUCUCAGUACAUGGCGUCACACGACAGCCUCUCACCUUCGUACGCCAAUUCCAGCAGGCUAACAGGUAAAACAGAGAGGAGUUCGUACUCGUACAGCAGAGGGUCCAACCCACACUGCCACCAGUCGAUACUGGGUGGCGAGAUGGGUUUGGGGAGUCCCGGCGCGGCGUCGCCCACCAAGCCGGCCGGUCAGUACUACCAGCACUACGGCUCCAACCCGCGGAGGAGAACGCUGCCUAUGGAUGCCAUGGAGGUUCACCCGAAGAAAGUUCGGAAGGUCCCUCCCGGCUUGCCGUCAUCAGUGUACGCUCCGUCUGCCAGUACAGCAGACUACAACAGGGACUCACCGGGUUAUCCCUCCUCCAAACCUCCCAGCGCUGGCUUCCCAAGCUCAUUCUUCAUGCCAGACGGUCACCACAGUGGCGAUCAUUGGAGCAGCAGUAGUAGCAGUAUGAGCCAGCAGGGUUACCACGGCAGCAUGUUGGGGGGCGGGAACUCGGCCCACGGCCCCGCCCAGAGCUCCUCCUACUGCGGGAUUCACCCUCACGACAGAUUGAGCUACCCGUCACACUCGUCUGCAGAUAUCAGCUCCAGCCUUCCUCCUAUGUCCAGCUUCCACCGAGGGGGAGGGAGCGGUGGCGGGGGCAAUCACUACAGCACCGCCUCUUGCACCGCUUCCACCAACGGCACAGAAAGCAUCAUGGCUAACCGAGCGCCGAGCGCCGCAGCCAGCAGCUCUCAGACAGGAGACGCCUUAGGGAAGGCACUUGCAUCGAUCUACUCCCCAGACCACACGAAUAACAGCUUCUCGUCCAAUCCCUCCACCCCAGUCGGCUCCCCACCCUCCCUCACAGCUGCCAGUUCAGCUGUCUGGUCGAGGAACGGCGGACAGGGAGCGUCAUCGCCAAACUAUGAGGCUCCAUUGCACUCUCUGCAAAGUCGUAUCGAGGACCGCCUGGAGCGUUUGGACGAUGCCAUCCACGUACUGCGGAGCCACGCGGUAGGACCGUCGACGGGUAUGGCCAGCGGGCACGGUGAAAUGCACAACCUCAUUGGGGCCGCACAUACGCACAACGGCGCUAUGGGCGCUCUGAGCAGCGGGUACGGGACGGGACUGCUGUCGGCCAACAGACACUCCCUCAUGGUGGGCUCUCACAGAGAAGACGGCAGCGGCGUGGGCGGUUUGCGCAGCGGACACUCGAUGGCGGGUCAGGUGCCGGGGCCUCAGCUGCCCGUUCAGUCGGCCGCCUCGCCGGACCUCAACCAGCCCGAUCCAUACCGCGCCCUGUCCGGAGGCCUUCAGGGCCAGAGCACCUCCUCCGUCAGCUCGGAGAUCAAGUCGGAGGAUGAGGGGGACGAGAACCUCCUGCAGGACCCCAAGUCCCUGGACCCCAAGAAGGAGGACGGCGACAGCAAGGACCUGAAAUCAAUUGAGAGCAACAACGACGACGAGGACCUGUCUCCGGAGCAGAAGAUGGAGAGAGAGAGAGAACGGAGGAUGGCAAACAACGCGCGGGAGCGUCUGCGCGUCCGCGACAUCAACGAGGCGUUCAAGGAGCUGGGCAGGAUGGUGCAGCUGCACCUGAAGAGCGACAAACCGCAGACCAAAUUACUGAUCCUGCACCAGGCCGUGGCCGUCAUCCUCAGUCUGGAGCAACAAGUCAGAGAGCGAAACCUGAACCCCAAGGCGGCCUGUCUGAAGCGCCGCGAGGAGGAGAAGGUUACCGUGUCCUCAGACGGGGCUCCCCUGUCAUUGGCCGCCGCGCACCACGCCGCCGCCGCCGCCAUGGGCGACGGAUCCAACCCCUUGGGACAAAUGUCCAAGGUGCCAGAGUUCAUCAAGAUGAUGAGUGACCACUUCCUCUGACGGCGUUUCCAUGACAACCAGGCAAUCGAUCAACCCUGUUGUUCCUUCAGCCUGACCAAUCAGAUUCUCUGGAUCUUGGGCCUGACCUAUCAGAUCAGCCUCCUUCUCUCCUCACGUCUGUCUCUGAUCCUUUUCUUCACCUUCGUCUCCUUCUUCUGUCGAGAACACCAACUGCAGAGUCACAUUAGUCGCUUUCGUCACUUUGCAUCUCCAGCUGAAGUGAACUGGAUGCUACUUUGUGGAGACGUUUAAAUGGCCGCUGUAACGUGGCUGCUACAAAGUGUCAGUUUGUGGGAGCUUCUGGCACAAAGUGACAGCAAUGGACAAAAGUCUUUGGAAUCACAUCAUCCAAGAAAUUCUUCUUCUUGUACUACUUGUUUUAUCAGCAUUCCCAUUUUUAAAGAACAAAAGGUUUCUAUAUAUAUAUAUA